GCUAGCACUAAAGGCUUACACGUGGCUGGCAUACUCUGUGCACUGCAACCUGCAUAGCCUGAAAUUGCCUCCCCCUUUCAGUGACCAAACUCUCUCUGGAGAGUCUCUGUUGUUAUUACGCAUGGUUAUAAUACUGUGGUCAUGCCCAGAGGUUCUGAGCAGGUGUUUAUUGCGCUAGUUGUUGUACAAACACACACAUCAUUAACAAGCUGACUUCUGGUAAACUCCAGCACAAGAAGCCAGCUCAACGCAAGCCGGAGCAGGCAAGUGGCGUGGGUGUGUAAGUGACCUUUCGGUACUGAGCAGGGGCCUUAAUGGUGCGGCUCGUAGCGAGGGCAUUUCUUGUACAACAAUGAACGUAUUCAGUUAAUCCUGCCAAUGGCAUGGGCAGGGAGCGGGCACCUCCUGGGACUGUUCUGCAGUGGAGUCACUGCAGACACUCCAGCUCUGAUGCUGCCUGCACUGUUCAUUGCAGGGUGAAUGCAUUAGUAACCUGCGUUGCUCCGGCUUACAUCGGAGGGUUCCUGUCAGGCAGGCCUAUCCUUUUGACCCAUGAGGUGGCAUGUGCUGCAUCAUUUAAAAAGGCAAAUCAUAUUUAAAAAACGGAGGGCUUGGAAAGUCACAGAUGACACAGGCUACAGCCAGGUGCUAUGCAAGUGUCUUCCCCGUUUGUGCUGAAUGAUAGAGGAACGACUCUCCCUGCUACUGCCUCUCCAUCAUGCCUUGCAGUCUCCAGCGCUCCCCUAGCCCCUCAGCUUGGACCUGCUGUGCCCCUUGCUCUUCCAGGCCUGGGUGUCUCGAACUGAGAUGGCCAGUCAUGCAGAACAGUGCAGUGACUUGGCCCCGGCUGUUGGCCACCAGGAUGAUUCUCACUUGUGCCUGGGGUGGGAUCCGAACCCAAGAUAGGGUUCCUUGGCCCUCUGUGCCCCCUCUCAGCAAUUAGUUCUUGAUGCCCCCCAUCCCCAAGUCCACUUAUUACCGGAACCCCCUAGGAGGUGAUUAUUUCUCCCUGUGUUUUGGGGAGAGAAAACGUCAUAUACUGAAAUGCUGCACCUGUUCUCUCUGCAGUAGUAAUCUGUCUCUGAGCUCAUGGGCAUGUGUUAGCUAAACGAGGUUCCCUCAGGCUACCCCUCUCCCUCCCCCUCCCAAGUCCUGUUCGGAGUGGCAUUGGGGAUGCCCUAAAGUGGAGCUCUUCUCGGAUAUUACUGAAUGGAUGCACCUGACUGGCACUAGACGGCGCUGUAGCUGUCUCGGAGCAUGGCUUUCUGUCUUGAACCACUGAGUUCAUGAAAAAUGCCUUGACACGUUUUGAAAGAGUUGGCACAUUAGCCCUUAGGCCCUGGACUAAUUCCAACUGGUUAAUUACUUUCCGCCUCUGUAAACUUCCCCUUAGUUUAGCAGGUAAACAGAAAUCAUUGUCUCUUUCCAAGUGGAAAAACCCAACAAUCUCCCUGAAUAGUGCGAUGUUCUGCAGGAGAUUCUUCCAACUGUUCCUAAGUUUCCAGCUCCCAACUCCUAGGCAAACAGACUGCAGACCAUGGAGUCUGUGCAGAGCAGAGAGAUUGCCUGCUAGCACUAAGGGACUAAUGGACCAAGGCUGUGGAUGCGACCUGAAGCAUCUCCAGGAAGCUGGAAUGCCUGUAGAUCAGCACCAGCAUGAAGAAUUCCUGACUCCAGGUGAACUCAGGGCAUGAACAGAUGCACCGCAGACACCCACCAGUCUGAAGAGCAAGAUAUCUUCCUUCCUCCAGCUGUCAAAUCCGUACCUAUCUCGGUGCUGAAGCAGAGUGGGCCCCUGCAGGCUCUGGCAGAGGGACCCAAUGGGUGCACAGAAGCUGAUCCUAGCACGGAGGUGCUGCAAGCUCAGAAAGAAUGGGAGGCCGUGGAAAGUCUCCAGACAGGGCUCGUGGGGACGUCUGCAGGUCACGUGCCCCUGAUUGCCUUCAAUGAAGCACUGCAGUAUUUCCAGACAGCUGACCUGUCAGAGUGCAGGAAAAAGAUCCAGCCAACAGUGGAAAGGCGAGGACUGUCUGCCAUGGCUCACUUCUUCUUCGGCCCCCCACGGCUCCAUCAGCAGCUGCGAGGCGAACGGGAUCUGGCCCUGGCGAUAGCCCAGUGUGGCUUGGAUAAUAAUGAGAAAGUGCACAUGAGGAUCCUGCAGACCAUCUACAAGAAACUAACAGGCUCCAGAUUCGAUUGUCCCCGCUACGGCGCCCACUGGGAAGAGCUGGGUUUUCAAGGUAUGGAUCCUGGGACAGACCUGCGUGGGACUGGAUUGCUCGGGUUAAUGCAAAUUCUAUAUUUUGUAAUGGACUCUCGGACAUUACCCCUAGCUCGAGACGUUUUCAAGCUGUCCCAUCAUGAAUCACAGAAUUUCCCUUUCUGUGUCAUGUCUAUAAAUAUCACUCGCAUCGUAAUCCAGGUCCUGAGGGAAGAACAUCUUUCUCGAGAGUGUAACCGCAGACAGCAGGUCAUUGCAGUGCUGAAUGAUUUGUAUGUGGCCACCUCCCUGCGUCUCUACAUCAUCUGGAAAACACAACAGAAAACAAUUUCUGACUCUGGCUUCGUUCUGAAAGAACUGGAGGCAUUUGCCAAAAAGAAACCGAAGCAGCUUCUGAGAUAUUUGGAGAUCUACAUGAGUGGAAGAGCUGUGUCAGUAAUAGAUGGUGGUUUUCAGCACCCUUCCUCCUCCUCCGGUGUAUACCUCAGCUCUGCCAUCAGCAACAGCAGCAAAGAGAUAAACUUCACGGGAGUGUGCGACCCACAGAUUGAGAUGGAAGGAGAGGCCCGGCUGAUCUGAAACCAGGGCAACACUGCUGGCUGGGAAGAUUCUUGUAAGACACUGACAGAGGCUCCCGUUGGCAGAGCUCAUUAGUGGCUGCUAGUCCCCUGCCAGUCUGUUCACAGUCACUUGUGAAGGGAUGGGAGGUCUGAGAUGGUUCUAGAGUAAGUGCAGCCUCAGAGCCUGUAGGCCAGAUGUAGUGGGACAUGCUGGGGGAAGUUGGUGGAGUUGGCAAUGGAGAUCUAGACACCCUGCUUCAUUGUAGAUGCUGUAAUGGGUGGUAGCAAACGGUCCCCAUCCGUAGUAGGCUUUUAUUCUGAAUCCACUGAAGUGUGGAUUGACUGGGAGGCCCUUGUACAUACUGAGAAUAAAAAGCUGCUUCAGUUCUCAAGGAUUUCCGUUCGUGAGGGGUGUUAAGAAACCCACGCUAUUGUUGCUGAGCCCUGUGGAAGGUGGGCAAUCAAAGCAAACUGCAGGCCUGAAUUCCCUUCAGCUAGGAGUUGGCAAGCGGGUAGGAGAUGCAAAGCUGGCAAGGUGUUUUAGUCCAGCCAUUGGGCACCCACUGAGAAUGUGGCUCAUGGUUUGUAUGGGAUCAUCGGUGUUAAGCACUAGACAUGCUGGAAUUGGGGUCUGCCUGUCUCUCAUGGGCACUUCUGUGCUGCCACUGCUGUACCAUCUGUGCACCUCACGAUAUUUAAUGUAUUCGUGCUCACGCUCCCCCGUCAGGCUGGGUAGUGCUGUUGUCCAUGUCUUACAGAUGGGACCUGAGGCCCAGAGAGACUGUGGCAUGCCCAGGGUCACACAGCAAGUCUGUGGCAGAGCAGGGGAUGGAACCCAGUCUCCGGAGUCCAAGGGUAUUGUUCCAGUCACUGCACAGUAAGGUCCCGCUGUAUGUGCCAGUGAAAUGUUCUCCCUUGUAGUGUGUUGUGUAAUGUGGUGUCUGAACAGUUCAAACCCCCUGCAGCUUGGGCUUCCCUACUCCAGGUUAAUGCUGUUCUUACCAUCCCUGCUUGUUAUUCUGUGCAACUGCUCAGGAGUCUUCGUCCAGAGUCUCAGUAAAGAAUGAUGAGCUUUACUGAAACUCAGAAUGGGCAAGAUCUGUCUGGAUUAGGGCCUGAGGGAACAGUAGUGAGACACAGACCCUUGGCUUCCAGCAUUGUCAUGGGCUAUCAAUUCAGACACUCCUGACUCUAGAGCAAAGUUCAGGAGAGUCGUGGUCAUUCAGGUACAUGGCAUCCACCUGGAUAGCUGCGGAUGGGAGCUCUGGUCUAUGAGGGUAUGUCUGGGGGAGUCAGGCUUUUGGGCUCUGUUUUUCUAAGCUCAUGCUAGAGCUUCCACACUGCAUUGUAAACCUGGGUUUACAGUUGCUGGACCUGAGUCUGACAACCGUGCCAAUGCGUCCAUACUGCACACAACAGACCUUCUGACUUGGAUCUGCGGCUUGACCUGUGUCCACACUGCACAAUGACAGGGAUUAGAUCUGAGUCACAGUCAGAAUUGGGCUCUGACCCACCUCCCUUAGUAGGGUCCUGGGGCCCAAGUGCCUGCUGAUCUGAGUCCGACUGAUCUGUGUGUGAAUGGAAAGGGGGCUCAAACCAGAGUUAGAGCUUAGGCUUAGCGUGCCUGAGGUAUACACUGCAAUAAAACAUCCACACUUGGCCCACGUCAGCUGACUUGGGCUGCAGGUUUAUAAAAUUGCCGUGUCGACGUUUGCACUUGGGUCCAGGCCAAGCCUGCAUGUUUACACUGAACAUGUGUAGCUCCGCAGCCUGAGUCCCUGAGCCAGCUGAUGUGGGCCAGCUACAGGUGGUUUUUUGUCAUGUAGACAAACCCUGAGAGGCUAAGGCAGGGAGGAGCAGAAUCACGUGAAGUGUUUGACUUUAUGGACUAUUGUCCCCUUACUCUUCUGUACUCAGCAGUAGUGGCCUGCAGGAGUCAUAAAAGCUUAUUAGCUGCCUGGGAGAGAACCCCCCCGGCACAGGCACUACAUAGGACAGCUGAGGGCUAGUCAGGCCCUUAUGCAAGCCAGAAUGGGGGGGUGAGCUGGGCCAGGGAGAGCAGUCCCCAUAGGCAGCCCCGGGGGGACACAUGGGAGAUCUCUAGCACUACAGUUAUGAUCACAAGAGAAUUCCCUGUAUUGUUUGGGCUCAGAAAUUCUGAAAUUCUUUGGACCCCUGGCUGGGUCUCAGCUCAAAGGUGAAUAUUUGCUGGAAAGUUCCAGGAAAUUCCCAUUCAGACAUUUUUGAAUGAUUGACGGAGAACAGAUUUGUCAGCUUUACACUUGUCCCUGCCCAAAAACGCUUGUCCCACAGAAACGCCGGUGUUGCCUUCUCUUGUGAUUUUAUCGCGAGUCUUGUGCUAUUUGGUGUUUCCCUUAGGUUACUAUCACAACUGAUCAGCACGGAGGUCAAGGGGAGGUAGGUGCCUAGGUGCUUUUGAAAAUCCCACCAGCUUCCUAUCUUCAUCUUUAGGCACCUGAACGCCUUUUAAAAAUCAGGCCCUCGGAGACUUGCCCAGCAUUUCAGGGGAAUCCAGGGUUUUGAUGUGAUCACCAGCCUGUAAGUACCUACGUGGGGAGAAGAUUUCUGACAGUAGAAGUCUCUCUAAGCUUGUAGACAAAGGGAUGACAAGAUCUGGUGUCUGGGAGGUGCGGUUUCAAUUGGAAAUAAAAAGUAAUUUCUGAACAGUGGAUUAAGAACAGUAGAGGCGAUUAAAUGGAUAAUAAUUAACCAGCGGAACAGCUUCCCAGGGGCCCUGAUACCCUAUAUCUUCCUAAAAGUUUCAGGGUGCAAUUCUGGGCGGUGGAGGUGCAUGGCUGAAGGCACAGCCCAGGGGUGGGGUGGGGGGCGGGAGAUAGCUCGGUGUCAGCUCUGCCAUUCUGCGCUGCUCCAGUGGCCAAAACGGUCUCUGCAUAAGUCACAGCACUCGGCAGUAGCUCACAUUUGCAGCCCAAGAUCCUGUCAUGUUGGAGACCUGCCUUCCUCUCCUCCCCAGCACUGAUCCCAAUAGGCUAGGGAAGGGAGGGGAGCAGCUUACAGUAGUGCUGCACUGGGGAAGUUCUUCCAUGGUGUGUUACUCUCUUGGAGCAGCAGGUAGGGUCCGAACCUGCCUUAGGCUGUAGUUCAACCCCAAGUUAGCACAGCAGGGAAGAAUAGUCCCCUCUGCUGCAGGCAUGGUCGGGUGAGAGUCUCUGGCCAGUGUUCUGUAAGAGGUCCACUGGCUGAUGAGAGGGCUCCAGCUAGCCUGAGCUCUAUGAAAAGGCCAGUUAGAAUGAGCAGCUUAUUGUAACAUGCACUUUGCAGCGUAGGCAGGGAGAUAAAGGGGUCCAGACUUUGUGAUCCUACAGGGUGCAGGGCAUGUUCCUUAGGGGAUACAUCUCCUGAGUGGCAGAGGAAGUAGUUUGCUUUCAUAGUCGCCUUGUGCUUGAUGGAAAUCCAGUGCGUUCCUACUCUGCUGAGGCCCCAUCCCUAAAUUGGCCUUUUCAGUUGAACCUUGUGCCUCUUUAGCACAGCACAUAGACCUGUUGUCUCAUAUCUUUGGCUUGGAAAUCUCUCUGUCUCUCUGCAGUGCGGUGCAUGCAGAUUCUCUCCGUGUGCCGCUACUUUGGGGCCGUGGACACUAAUUGUAACGGGUUAGGCGCUUUCCAAUAAACCAUUGGCGUACCAUU